AUGACAUUAGACGAGUUUACACCUACUGAUUCAACAUCUACUUACAAUAAUGACGACUUUAAUGGUUGUGCUAAUCUUAUAGAUACUGAGAUUAAUAGUGGUCUUCUCAAUAUUGAGAUUCAUAGUUCCAGAACUGGGCUUUUUGUUGAGCAAAUUCCAAACAUAAUGUUAUUACCUACUUUUAAAAACACGCAAUCAACGCCUGCAUUAUCUGUUUCCAGUAGUGCAAUGUCAAGUCCACCUUUAACACUGCUUUUAUCAACAGCUGAAAGAAAUCUUAGGCGAUCAACCAGAAUUCCAAAACCAAGUAGAAAAUUCAAAGAAUUACAAGAAUUGCAACAAACUCAACAAAGUACAUUGGGAAAGCAUGAUUCUCUAGGUCCAGAAACAAGAUCAAGAAAAAAACAGAGAGAAGAAGAACCUACAGUUGAACAACAAAUGAAUUUAUUAUUAGAAAAAUACAAAGAUCGUGUUGCAAUUUUACCAGAAUUGGAACCAAUGACCACAACUAGAAGUGUGCAACUAUCAAAUGAAGAAGUUUUUAAGAAAUGGUCAUCAACCGAAUAUAAAAUAUUUCUAUUAAAUUAUUUUAAAUAUGGAAAAGAUCUUUCAAUGAUAUCAAAAAAAAUGAAAAAGAAAGUUCCUGAAAUGGUGGAACUUUAUUAUUAUGUCAAAUACACACCACACUUUAGAAAAGUAGUUGAACUCAGAAAAGAGAUGAAAUUGUAUGAAGAAGGUUUAGCAAAAUUGGAAAAUGAUAUUAAAAAUUUCAAUAAAAAAUGGAAAAUAGUUACAAAAAAAGGCGGUAAAAAGAGAAGAGGUGGUAAAAGAUAA